AAGAUACCUGUUCGACGCUUUAUUUUAACAUUUUGUUUACGUUUUUUCAGUCUUUUUCGUAGCAUGUUCCAAACAGCGCGGUAAAAAGUCUAAAAAUUUGUGUAAAAGUCAUAACUGUGCAUUUCUUACAACUUGAUAAAACUGAUAAAUUACCAUUCCGCAUGGAUUGCACGUUUUGCAAGAACAGUGCCCAGCAACUUGCAGAGCAUCGCCUAUGCAACUUAUGCUUGGUCCAUUUGGAAUGCUGCGAAAUAAACGAAAUCCUAUCGGAGGGUGGUCCACCAUCGUUUCUCGACGAGGGAGAUGACGACGAAGAAAUGGACGAGCGGCAGAGUCCGGUUCAGAACAACGUGAACAAGGUGGAAUGUGACAUAUGUCUGGAACAAGUCCAGAAGGACGAACUUCAACAGCACCGGGAGAUGUGCUCACCAAGGUUGGUGUUCCGAUGCGCCCUCUGUAGCUAUGAUUUUCUGAGCAAAGAAGGACUGUGGAAUCACCUGGAUCUGCACGAGAUUUCAGACGAAAGCAAAGAAUUAUACUACAGUGAAGUGAGAGUCACUCGAGAGCUCUACAAAUGCAUACUUUGCAAUGAUCAACGGGGGUACGCGGACAAAAAGUAUUGGGAACAUGUUCACGAAGACCACGAUGGUUACUUUUUGCGGUGUACGGACUGUGGAGAAAGAUUUAGAUCGAAAAAGAAUAAAGAGGAUCACGCUUUUAGAAACUGCAAACCUAAGGGAACCAUCGAAGCCACUAGCAAUACGCAUGCCGGCCGAGAAGUCAUCAGCUUGAACCUGCCGCUGCAAAUCAACGUGCUAGCCAAUUUCAGUAAGAUAUAUGAGCAAAAGCAAGGGAGCGCUACAAACGGGAACAAAGGAACGUUACAAAUGUCUACGAAUGUAGACACAAUCACAUGCAAACGAGGAAAUGGCGAUUCGGCGAAUGAUGUAACCAUUGAUUUCAAACAAGCAGAAUCUAAAAAAGAAGUUUCCUUCGACUCUAAGUUUGCCUACAGUGACAAGGAGAUACUCUCGGAAAAAGAGUUACGGCCUGAUACUCAUGACAAAUCCUUCAAUGACCAUCAGCGAUUGUCAUCAAAGAGAAAACAUGUUUACGAUAAAUCUUUCCCUUGUGGUUUAUGUGGUGAAAUAAGCGAAGAUUUUCUCGGUCUCGCUCUACAUAUGAAACAAAGUCAUUCCGAAGAAUUAAACUAUCAGAAAGUGAUGGACGCUCUCAAAACACGUGAACCCACUAACCCGGAUGAUAAAGAGUCACAACUUCCAGCAAAACAGCAAGAGAAACUUCCCGUGGACAGUUGUCAGAUCUGUAGUGAACCAAUGGUUGAUCGAGACUUGCUUCCCUUGCACGUUAAGGAAAGCCAUCAGCUGAUCGCCUGUACAGACUGUGGAAAGACAUUCAUCGAUGUUGGUUCGCAGAAAGACCACAAAGCCAGUGCUGCAUUUUUCGAUGACAGCAAUUCCAAGAAGCAGUCCGGCAUAAAAUGUCUCUGCAGUGGAACACAGAGGAACGACGAUGAAAGUCCGAACCAUCGGUGUCCCUGUUGUACGGAAAAGUUCCAAGAUAAGAAGCAACUUCAACGUCAUAUGAGCGAACAUGUCGAUGAGAUUAUCAACAAGAAGUUAAAAACGGCGUCGCCACAGAAGGAUGGCGACGAAUGUCCGAACACUACCACCGAUACCAGCGAGACAAAUCAGGCGUAGUCUUUAUCGAAAGUGACGCAACAUCUUCGAGAUUUAUAAGGGUAGUAGAGGUACGGUUAAAGAUACGGCGUGACUUCUACAACUAAAUCUACAACAUAGAUUGUACAGAUAGUUAAGUGUAGGUGAUAAGCCAAAUUUUACUAAUUUCAUGACAAUGAUUAAUCGAUUUUUCUACAAAAUGGUCAACUUUGUUGGAGAAUUCAGGACAUCACUUAGAUUUUGAUACACUGCUUCCACUAUUUUUCUCACGAAAGGUGAUUUAAAAUCUGUCAAUUGUGAAAAUAUUGCAGUAUACUUAAACAUGUUUACCCAAGUUGGCCCUUUUGCAUGAUGAGUCGCCAUAGUUGCAACACUGUAUUUACGAAACACAUCUUUAGUAUGUCACAAUAAUUUUAAACUGAAUAAAGUUAUCACUAUUAUAAA